UGGACCUCGCUGCUGCACCUGACUGUCUCUGAAAUAUCCAUUUUUUUAGACAAUUAUUCUGCUUUCCGAGCCGCGCUGCUAACCCUCUCUGCGCGUCAUCUCGUCUACUCGCAGAAAAGCAGCAGAUUCCUGCUGAUGCAGUGAUGUCUUGAAAUGCCAAGAGCUCGCUUAUUGCCCCUUACUGUAUCCCCCUCCUGAAUUGCAGCGCAAGAUUUUCUCCUGCAGUUUACUGUAAGCUGCUCACACCACCGUGCCGCCACGCGAGCAACCUUCCGGAGCUGAAGCUUUUCCAUCUCAGGCUUCCUCAAUACACUCUGGUGCUUUUGGUCCUGCUUUAUCCAAUCGUGCCUGAAGAUGUUUAGAUGUGAGGGCACUUCAGUGAGAAUGGCGAUGAGCUCUGCAGGGCUCUAGGCAGUUCUGCUCCUUGUUUUUUCGUUUUUGUUUGCAAUGUAAAGUUGCCUCAUGACACUCUCUGAUGCCCUGCUGUUGGAUGAAUUUACUCGAGGAUAAGACUCAUUCGAGACCUACAGGAGUAACUCACGAGGCAGCAGUAACAACAGCAGCAGAUGCAUCGGAGAGCAGCAAUGGUCAAGUCAGCGAGAACCGCAGUGGAGCCGCACUGAGGCAAAGCAGCCAGUCAGCCCCCCUCAAAUCUGGGGACGUCUCCAACAAUUUAAGGGGUGUGGGAAGCUGAGGAGAGGAAAAUUUCCCUCAACCUGAAUGCCUGCUUAGUCAGACUAACCAACAUCCCAACAAAGCUCCUCUUCCUCUUCCAUCACUACCUCCUCCUCCUCCCAAAAUGACCGUGGUUGCAGGAGAUAACAUGGACGAGACCUCGGCUGUCCCCGGCCACCCUCAGGACACCUACCCCCCAGACCACAACGACCACGAAUGUUGCGAAAGGGUGGUCAUUAACAUAGCUGGUCUCCGGUUUGAGACACAGUUGAAAACUCUCUCCCAGUUCCCUGAGACGUUGCUGGGCAACCCCAAAAAACGAAUGCGGUACUUUGACCCCUUGAGAAAUGAGUACUUUUUUGACAGAAAUCGUCCCAGUUUUGACGCCAUCCUCUAUUACUAUCAGUCUGGGGGCCGUCUGCGAAGACCAGUGAAUGUCCCUUUGGAUAUGUUCUCUGAAGAAAUCAAAUUUUAUGAGCUGGGAGUGGAGGCCAUGGAGAAGUUUCGUGAGGAUGAGGGUUUCAUCAGGGAGGAAGAGCGUCCUCUGCCUGAGAAAGAGUUCCAGCGUCAGAUUUGGCUGCUCUUUGAGCACCCAGAAAGUUCAAGCACUGCAAGAGGGAUCGCCAUAGUGUCUGUGAUGGUGAUCCUGAUUUCAAUAGUCAUAUUUUGUUUAGAGACUUUACCCCAGCUAAAAGAGGACCCAGCAGGCCGCAUGAUUUCAGUUGGGAAUUCUACAUAUUAUUACAAGCCAAAUAUCCUCACUGACCCCUUCUUCGUCAUUGAGACACUCUGUAUUAUCUGGUUCUCCUUUGAGUUGAUAGUUCGCUUUCUUGCAUGUCCAAGCAAGCCAGCCUUCUUCAAGAACAUGAUGAACAUGAUUGACAUCGUGGCUAUCAUCCCGUACUUCAUUACACUUGGUACUGAGCUGGCUGAAGACCAAGACACCGAGGGAGUGGGGGAGCAGGCAACAUCUCUGGCCAUUCUCAGGGUGAUCCGUCUGGUCAGAGUGUUUAGGAUCUUCAAGCUGUCACGACACUCCAAAGGACUGCAAAUUUUGGGACAGACCCUCAAGGCCAGCAUGCGAGAGCUUGGAUUGCUGAUCUUCUUUCUGUUCAUUGGAGUCAUCUUGUUCUCUAGUGCUGUCUUCUUUGCUGAGGCAGAGGAGCCAGAUUCCUUCUUUGGCAGCAUCCCAGAUGCGUUUUGGUGGGCUGUUGUGUCUAUGACAACUGUGGGCUAUGGGGACAUGGUACCAAUCACUAUAGGAGGCAAGAUUGUAGGAUCUUUGUGCGCCAUCGCCGGAGUGUUGACAAUUGCUCUCCCAGUGCCUGUUAUUGUGUCCAACUUCAACUACUUCUACCACAGGGAAACCGAGGGAGAAGAGCAGGCCCAGCUGCUCAACGUCAGCAUUCCCAACAUCCCAUCUGAAACCAACUCCAGUCGCCGUAGUUCAUCCACCGUCAGCAAGUCAGAGUACAUGGAGAUCGAUGGAGACAUAAACAAUAGCAUCGACAACUUUAGGGAGGCAAACCUCAGAACUGGAAAUUGCACUAUAGCCAACCAAAACUGUGUAAAUAAAAGCAAGCUGCUUACAGAUGUUUAGACACUAGUUAGGAACUUUGGAAUCUCAUUGGGACUGUCAUAUAUGGAGUAGACCAUCAGUUAGGAAUGCUUCAUUUACCUCUCCAAAACACUCUAUGGCAUUAGGCCUACAAAUAUGCUCAGCUAUAUAGGAAGGAUUGAUAAAAACUAAGCUCUUAGAGUAUAUGACAGGUAGAUAGAGUAAUUAAUUCCUAUGAUCCUACAAAUAUAUAGUUACAUCAAAAAGAGAACAUUAAUUAUUACACGUAUACUCAACUCCCUGGAGGACACAGAGUACAUACUGUCUUAUCAAAGGACAGUGUGUGAUAAUUAAAAUCUUAUGCAUGGAGUACAGAUAACAUUUCAGCAAGUUGCACAAUGCACCAGAAAAGUCUGCAGAGAGAUGCAAGCAUCUGCAGCCAAGUGAUAAGCGCCAAGAAGUUAGGUGACCCCUGCCCCCCUCCCCCCUCCUCUCUCCUGGCUCCCUAUGAAGGAUCUACUAUUCAGCAAAGCACCUUAUAGGAGGAAGACUGAUCUCUCUUGUUUGGAUGUAAACAGAUGGUGAUCUACACGCUUCACAGACAUCCACAAUGCUGCUGUUUUCCGGCAGAUGCUGUAAUUGUGAUAUCACCAAGUGAUUCAAUGCCAUGCCCUUUAGACGCAACACAGCACAAUGAUAAAGUGAGCUUCACAUGAGCAUGAUUAGAGACUUUCCAUUUUGAUAUCCGCAUGCAUGAAACAUAUCUCACACAAUGGAAAGGAUGUUCUUUUAUAUACUUGCCUCCAUCCCCCUUUCUCAUCAGUUUUCAUUCUGAGUGCACUGGAUGAGUUUUUAAUUUGAAAUGCUAAUCAUUUAGAAGUAUAGAAAUUGAAUGUUAAAUCUUAAGGGAACAGUACAUAAAUGAGAUCAUAGCAUGAAAAAGUAUCCUGCAUUAUGGUCUAUCGACUAAGGUACUUUUGUAUCCUGGUCUAUUUAAUGCAUGACAUGAUUAUACAGCUUGUUGCAAUUCAGGCACUCUGCGGUGCCCUAUUGUCAGGGAAACUAAGGAAAUCAAAUUCUUGAUUUUUCUGAAUUGUGAUGAAAUAUAUCCAAACCCAACUUGAGGAUGCAGAGUUUCUAAUUUAAAAGUAGUCAAAGAAACUGAAUAAAUAUUAUCAAAAUACAUAUAUUCAUAAUAAGCAGAAAUUACAGUACUAAGUCAAUAGGAGCAGUGCAUGGACCUUCUUUGAACAGGAACAGUUAACAUAUCAUUAGUCAUGCUUCCAUUUCCACAACAAAAAUUUAGUAUGUAUUGGUUUGGAAUCCACUAAAAAGGAUCAAUACUAAAUUUCACUUCACAUUACAAAGAAUUAUUCUGACAUUAGUUGCUAGUGCCUUUAUCCCCUCCACCAACAGGACCAGCGAAAGUGCCUCUGUUGUACAGUGGGAUUUGUGAGGUUGAGAAGAGCUGGUUUACCCUCUUUUCUCGUGUUGAUAUACUGUUGGUAUUAAUGUAUAAGAUGCCAGGGUGAGCGAGCUUGAACAGCAGGUUACUGUGGUCAAAAAAAAAAAAAAAGAUCCAUGGCAGUUAUGCACAACCCAGUUUUCAUGCUGUCACGCACUUAAAUAUGCCCUUAAGCAGCAAUGUAUUGUACUCUGCAUGUUUACCAAUCCAAUUCAAAAGGGAAUAUCCGUAGGUUUAAAGUAUAGUUUACUUAUGGUAGAUUUUUUUUUUUUGGUUUGUGCACAGUGCAUCCUUUCAGGGUCUCUACCUCAGUGAGGUCAUUGCAAACUUGCUGCAGAGCUGCAAGCUUCAAUGCAGGGCUUCCAAUACCAUAAUGCAAAAUGGAACCUUAAGUGUAAACUGCAGUCAUGCAACAUUGAAUGUGAGAGUCCCAAAGCAUAGCCUUUACACAAGCACUUAGGGCAUAUAGUAUAUCACAAUCCCACUCCUUUCUUUCACUUAAAGCUACGCACAAUCAGUAUAUUCAUUGUAGAGAUUGUUUGACUCUCCUAACAGGAUGAGAUUGACUGUUUUCUAUGUUGAGUUUCUUUGAAACAAUGGUAUUUGAGUUAUUGUUGUGUCACAGAAACGCACCUGAAUGUGUCUCAACACUUACACAUACAUGUGUAUAAGACAGUAGAGAUAUUUGUCAUAGUUUUGAACCAUGUCAUCCUGAAAUCCAUGGGCAUUAUGAUGCACAGCUAAGUGCUGCCCGUCUUUUUGCACAAGUGUUUUUCUUUUGCUUGAAAGGUUUCUCUUUGUUUAUGAGAUUUAUUUUUUCACAAUAGUGCAUUGUUUCUGAGCAUACAGUUCUAGAGAGGCUUACUGCAGAAAGAUUUGGACGCAUUUUAAUGGUUACUUGAAAAAUCUCAAGCUACUGUACAUCCAUCUACAUUCAACACAAUAAUAGUAAGACUUUGUACUGUACUGUACUGUACACUUUUUUUUAUUUUAGCACUCUUCUGUCAGGGUUUAGUUUCAAAAAAGCCUCACUGCAGUGCUGCUUAAAUAUCAUCGUCUUUCUGUUACAGUAAUGGCUAUCCUCUGUGUUGCUAGUACAGGACGACCGUUGUCUUGUUACCAUCACGUGUUAGCCUUUGUUACUUGACUUUUUCCAUUCUUUAACGCUUGUUCCUGUUUUGUUAAUGGUGGCUGGUUGGUUAGUUUAGGGUUCUGCUAUUAUUUGAAACCGAUCUUUGUACUGUACUGCUGAAGAGUGUCUGACUCUGGUUAGGUAAAAACGUAUGAGCCUUGCGAGAUGUCAGUAACUUACGAGCGCAAAAAAGGUACAUAUUUGUGUCAGGGAUUUUCAAUUUGUAUAGGGUUUCUCAUACAGAAGGAUGCCAAUAUUACCCAGUACCCUGCAUCAUAUUACUACAUAUAGGAUAAAACAAGGAAAUUAUAGUAGUCUCUUAAAUGCAGCUAUCAAGAAAAAAUAGCUUUUGUCACAAGUUUCUCAUAAAACUGAUGCUUGACAGUAGAUGUGUGUAACAUGUCCUGCAGGGAACAGCAGAGAGUUGGAUGAAGAAAUGUUAAUGAUACCCUUCAUGUUAGCAGUGCUGUUGCUAGUCUUGCUGUGGGGACAUGUAUGGAUGGUGCUAUGCAUUCAAUUAUCCUGAAGAGACAUGCAUUCUUAACAGCAAUAGAAUAACAGAUAACCUGUUUCUUAGAUGCUUUUUUGUAAUAAAAAAAAAAAUAAAAUGGGAAAACAAAUCUAUUUUGAAUGUCAGAGAAACUGCGAUCACUUGACGGACAACUCGCAACAGGGCUGUUUAUGAUCCUCUGUGCUGGGAUUUUGUAUGGUCAAAUGCAGCAGCUGGUAUUGUAUUGAGAGACACCCAGGAAAAGUCCAAAUGUCGGCGUUGUUAUAGCAUCAGUCCCCAUUAAACACACUGGUCGGACUGGAGUUGUUUUGCAGUUAGGAACAAAGGCUGCAAAGGGUUCAGUCGAACCAUAAGGCAGUCCCAAAGGAACAGCCCAUAAUGCACUUAGAGAGGAUCUAUCUUCAGUUCACUGGACUGAUCAGUUGUGUGAGAGCAAGUCAGAGAAGGUGCCUAAAAUGUUAACAUAUUCAUUUGUUUAGCUUACUGUUAGUUAUUAGGCUUCUGCAAUUUAACACAAGAAAGAAGAACUAAAAAUGACAACAUUAACCUAAUCAAACUAUUUAAAAAAAAAUUGAAAUGUCAUGAGAACAAAAUGCAAUUUAGCUACAAUAAGGUAGAGAAAAGUAACCACUGUAUACUGCAAUUACCUAUGAAACUAUCUUAAUGUGUGUCUUUGUUUUCUUUUUCUUUUUUGGUGGCACAUUUAGGAAGAACAUGCCAUAUACCGGAAUGUCAAUGACAAUAUAUUCCUCUGGCAAGCCAUGAUAAUGAAACUACUGUAUUAUGAUCAAUCGCUAUACACUAAAUGAUAUGAACAAGAAGUGUACUAUUUAAAAAACAAACGUUGUUUGUCUUUUUGGUUUCAAGAAACAAAAUACAAGAUUCAUUCAAACACCAUGUUCAUAUCUCACCACUGCUGAACCUUACUGCUAUAAUGUAUCUCUACAGAAACCUACUAAUCGCAAAAAACUGCAUGGUCGAUGGACGACUGCAUGAGUUUUGCCUUUCAAACUGUGGAUCAACUAUAAAACAGUUGCAUCAUUAAAAAAAUAAACCCUUGCUUUCAUCUGUACCAAAGCUUCCUGUAGGGCCCUGUUCAGAAGUUGUCAUGUCCUCUGCUAUUAAACACAUCUUGGCGCUAACCUCAUCACAAAGACCGUGUUUGGUGAUCGAGGUUGUGCUCGCUAGUCUCUGAGUGUCAGUGAGGACAUCAAGGGCUAAGUUUCUCAAACUUUAUCUCUCUUCUAGUACUGAAAUGCUCUUUCAAGUGACAUUGUGUCUGUUUUUAUCUCAGUCUAGACUGUAGUGAUACUGUGUUGUUGGAACCAUGCCCAUCAUGUCUAAGCAGGGCCUGUGCCACACACCCUCCUCUGCACCACAUCCGUUUUAAGGCAUUCUUGUCUGCUACUGGUCUUGAGAUUGGACUGCUUUCUGCCUGCUGAGGAGGCUCUGAACAGGAUUAAAGGUCAGGAGGUUGUGUUCCUCCUCACCAAAGAUGAGAAAAUCUUGUUUGUGUUAGGAGUGCGAUGUCUACGAGUUUGUCUUCUCUGUCAAGAAUGCACGUUUAAUGCUAGUAGGGAAGAUUUUGCAGCAAAGUGCAAAAGGACCGUUGAACUCUUCUGCUCUUCUUUUCAUCCAAAAACAAACCAAACUCUGAUUGUGUUACAUAAUCCAGCUGUCAUUGUCAUGUUGUGUUCACCAAGGAUUAUGCUACAAUGUUUUCAGUUUGUCAGAGGAUGACAAAGGCAUGGUCUGUGAUCUA